GAGCUAUUUUACCCCCCACAGUCACUAGGUGUGAAACUUCUCAGAGGGAGAUUAAGAGUUCCUCCCCUUCCAGGAACACCUGAGCAGAGGGAAUGCAGUUGAACUGCUUUGUUUAAUUAGUCAGUUUAUCUGAAUUAAGGAUGGACUAGCACUCCUAGGACAAGCACUAUAAAAGAGGGUUGGCAGUGCUGAAGAGGAGAAACUGAAGACUUGCUGGAAGAACGAGUGAAAUAGAUUUCAGCCCAGAUUAAGGCUUUAGUAAGUAGAUGACUACAUCCAGCAUAAUAACCCCUACACUGACUAUAGGAGCACAGUGCUGAGAAUCCGACACCAGCACAGUGAGCUGGUACAAUCCCACAGUGAAAGGAAAGAGGGCUGCUGAAGUAAUCCUGAAGAAGGCUGCACCUGAAUUGCACUGAAUUUUGGAAGCCACUGGAAGUGAAGCAUACUUUUUGGGUAAGUGGGUAACAGAAUGGAGAACAAACAGCAAAGCAAUGGUGAGAUGAAGGAAAAUAAGGCAGUGAAGAAAAAAAUGAAUUGGUCUGGGAGUCUUAUUGUGGCCUCUUUAACCGGUGCGUUUGGCUCGUCUUUCCUUUAUGGGUACAAUCUCUCGGUGGUGAAUGCUCCCGCAGUGUAUAUCAAGAAGUUUUACAAUGAAACUUGGGAAAGAAGAUAUGGCUUCUCAGUGGAUGAAAGCACAUUGACACUCCUCUGGUCUGUAACUGUUUCUAUUUUUGCUAUUGGUGGCCUCGUGGGUGCCAUUAUUGUUACCCCAAUUGUGAAGUUCUUUGGACGGAAAUGUACCUUGGUGCUUAAUAAUGUGUUUGCAGUGACAGCUGCAUUGUUGAUGUCCCUCUCGUUGUUGGCGGGGUCAUUUGAAAUGCUCAUCCUGGGCCGUGUUAUAAUGGGUGUCGAUGCAGGCAUCUCUCUGAGUGCACUUCCCAUGUAUUUGAGUGAAAUAUCUCCUAAGGAAAUCCGUGGUUCAUUGGGUCAGGUCACAGCAAUUUUCAUCUGUAUUGGUGUUUUCACUGGUCAGGUUUUGGGGCUACCAGAAAUAUUUGGACAAGAAUCUCGGUGGCCUUACUUAUUUGGAGCAAUCAUUGUGCCUUCAUUGAUACAAGUUGUGAUCCUGCCUUUUCUUCCUGAAAGUCCUCGUUACCUCCUACUUGAAAAGCAUGACACAAGCAGAGCAGAAAAAGCAUUUCAGACCUUCCUUGGGAAAGAUGAUGUGUCUCAUGAAGUAGAAGAGGUUUUGGCAGAGUCUCGAGUCCAAAGGAAUACCAAGCUGGUGUCGGUACUCCAGCUCCUGCGGACCCGCGCUGUGCGAUGGCAGGUCAUCACGGUGGUCGUCACCAUGGGCUGCUACCAGCUCUGCGGCCUAAAUGCUAUCUGGUACUACACAAACAACAUCUUUAGUGAAGCUGGGAUCAAUCGUGAAACAAUCCCCUACGUUACCCUAAGUACUGGUGCUGUUGAGACUGUGGCUGCUGUUUUUUCUGGCUUAGUUAUUGAACGGCUGGGACGCAGACCUCUUCUCAUUGGAGGUUUUGGGUUGAUGACUGUCUUCUUCGCAAUCCUUACUGUCUCUCUGACUUUGCAGAACACCGUGUAUUGGCUUCCUUACCUCAGUAUAUUUUGCAUCCUUGCAAUCAUUGCAUCAUUCUGCAUUGGACCAGGUGGGAUUCCGUUUGUCCUCACUGGGGAGUUUUUCCAGCAGUCACAGAGGCCAGCUGCAUUCAUGAUAGCUGGGACAGUCAACUGGCUCUCCAACUUCGCCGUGGGACUUCUCUUCCCAUUCAUUCAGAAUGGCUUACAGACCUAUUGCUUCCUCGUGUUUGCUGGCAUCUGCUUUGCCGGAGCUACAUACCUGUUCUUUGUCCUGCCUGAAACAAAAAAUAAGACGUUCCAUGAGAUCAGCCAAGCGUUUGCCAAGAGGAAUAAAGUAUCUUUAGAAAUGCAAGAUAUGAACCACUACCCAGAGGAGAGGAAAUCAAGUGCAGAACAAGAAUCGAACUUCACAUCUUCUGUGGACAAUGGGGAAACCAAGAAAGGGAUUGUGUACCUGGAUGCUGAGGGGUUAAUAGGCACUUUUAAGUGACGUGCUUAUUGAAAAGUCAGAAAGUCUUAGAGCUGCUCCCAGGAGUAAGGUCAAGCAACAAGUGCACCAUGCAGGUAGAGACAGCUUCUACAGGUUGUAUUUACUAAUCCAAAAGUUCCUACAUUUGGAGCAUUUGGGGGGAAAAUGUGUAUAUAUUAAUGUAUCUAUACACAUAUAUUAAUAUAUAUUCCAAACAGAGAAAUACACUAAUAUUUAUAUUCCUAUGUAUGCACAAUGGAGAACUGUUUUCCAGUAUUUGGGUGUUUUUCAGAUUUCCCAAAGUGCUAACCUGUUUACUGCACUUUUUUUUUUUUUUUCCUACGCUGUAAAUUAAAAUCAGAGAUCCUAAUGUUCAGCUCUUACUACUGUGAUUUAUUUAUAUGUGCCAUACUUACUGUAGACAUUGUAAGCUGACCUAAGAGGGCAAUUUCACUACUAAUCAUAGUUAAUAGGGGAAAAAAAAUGAUCUGAACCUUUAUACCACAAUUUAUGCUCUUUUACUGGGGUAGAGGUAGAAAAUUAAAAUGUAUGUGAGCCAGAGACUUAAGAAUGAAAAAAUAGUAUUUAUAAUAUUGGUGCUACUGUUAAGAAACAGAGUGAGUUAGGAAAAUGUUUUCUGAUAAGCAUUCAUAAAGUUCUAUGUCUAACAAAUGAAUGUGUCAUCUUUUAGUAGCUUUACUUAGCAAGCCUCAGUAACACAAGGAAUAGGUAAGUGAAUGACUAUGUAAAAAUGAGUCUGGAUGCCACCCCUCCAGAAAAUUUGAGGAAGAAAUUCUUCCUCUUCCACCUGCAGGUUGAGAAUGGCAAAUUCAAACCUUUUUGUUCAGACUGAGAAUUGCCUUACUUUGCAUUUGAAGCUUAUUAACAUGGUAUGACGUGAGCUGAUUUGAGUCAAGGUGGCAAGACUGGAAACCGCUGUGGCUAGUGCUAUUCAAAGUAGGAGAAUUCAGCACUUAGUGCUGCCCAUGAAUGUCUAUUAAUGGUCUCACUUGUUGAUAGCAUUGCCAUUGGAUAACUUCAGUUAAGACCUAGUGUUGACCUGAUGCAGUUGUUGUAUUGGACUUCUGCUUGCAUUUGUGUUUGGAGACCAAACACUUGUGUUGGUAAAGAGAUGGCUCAACAGAAUUCCCUAGCACAGCUCAGGGGCUUGUACUGCAUUAACAACAAGGGGUUGAGUUUUAAAAUUCUACAACCUUGUCUGUCUCUUGCCCUACAUGAGGCAGGCAUGCUCCAGAGAGGCACUGAGUGGCUAGAAAAAAAGCUGAUACUGAUCACAGACACCAGGGGACUAUUCCACACCUUACCAGUGGUUUACUGCAGCCUGUGGUACUAGUUUAAAGCAGUUCCAGUCUCCAGCUGUGCAUGUGUGUAGGUGCUUUGUUCACUGGCCAGGGAACAUGGCUGCAGUCUCCUCUGCUUUGGAUUGUGAAAGCUUCUGAUGAAACUUUAGAUGUGCCAGUACUGCAUUAACUUUCUCAUCUGUGAUGAUAAUGAGAGAUUUGUAUUCCAUAACUUGUUGCACAGUGUGGGUUUUUUUUCUCAUUGUUAUGUUGCUAUAGCUGCUCCAACAAUGAGAGGAUAAAAUGGAAGACAUCAACAAUUUAGCAUUUGCUUUUUUUCUUGUUGAAUGUAUCGAAUCGUGUCCAGGCCACGUGUUUGUCAGUGAGUGUUGUGUAGUGCCGCGUUCUCUUUCCCUGCAGGAGAAGACACGGGGAUGAGGUACUGGGAGAUAAUGUUUGUACAAGUACCACACGUGUCAUGUGUGUGAUCAACUCUGUCCCUACACAGUGACUGAAAAAUAAACUUUUGGAACUGAACUAAA